UCCAAUUGACACUCACAAUUCAUCCUCUGUGCACCGGUGCAAAAAGAGGGGUAUUGAUUUGUGUUUGAUUGAAAGAUGGGAGGAGGCAGUCCUAGCCCGAGUCCAAGUCCAGUUGGAAGCCCACGUGGACACAAUAUUGAAGGGGAUCUUACAAACGCUUUCAACAACUGUAGAAUCCAACCUUCAGACCCUGGUUCUAGUGCCACCGCCGCUGCUGCAGCAGUUCUUACUAAUUGUGGUGAGUAUCCCCCUUUUUCUGGGUUUCGAUCUCCCCAUCUCAAGCACAAACUGAAGUGUCAUUUCAAAAUCAAGCACAGGCAUCAUGGACCUCCUAAAAUCAAGCACAGACACCAUGAGCAUAUCAAAAUCAAGCACAGACAUGGAGGAGAGAAAGAAAUGCACAGGUUCCGCCAUUGCCAUCAUAUGAAUACUGAAGCACCCCUUGGAUGUGCAUUCCUUCAUCAAGGACCUCAUCAUCAUGGUCCUCGUCCUCAUCCUCCUGGUCAUCCUCCUCAUCAUCAUAUGAGGGAGAGGAGGCACCAUGGACACUGCCGCUCACAUGGUUAUCAUCACUUUUUCACUGGCCCAAUGGGUGGCCCUGGACCUGUGCCUGUGCCUGUGCCUCCCCCUCAUAAUUAAGGUGCUGCUCUUACUACAGGGUAUAUUAUAUGAUAUGGGUAUGCUUAUCAGCAGCUUACAAUAACUGGGAACCAGGUUGGUAUGCAUAACCAACUGCUUGCUUAUUAUGUACAUGGUAGCAACUAUGAUGUUUGCCUUUGGGUUGCACUGAUUUUAUAUUAUGGUAUGCGUUAUAUGAAGAUACUACCUGGUUACAGGUCUUUUGCCAA